AUGGCCUACUUAACCAAUCUUUCCAACUUGCUUUGCUUUUUGGUCUUUGGAACUUUAAUGUACCUAUGUACUGGUACUCUAGAAUUAGAAGCUAGGGAAGCUACUGGGCCUGCUAUCAAUCCAUCAUGGAUGCCGCCGCGAUCGUACUAUAUGAUAACUCUUUUGAGUUCCGUCACGACUGCAUUGGCGGGUGCUGCCACCUAUAUUACUCCGUGGGUCGAGAAACUUGUGAGUUCUAGCCAUAAAAGCAAUACAAGUAGUAUAACACGUGUGUACGGCAACUACGAAAAUGUUCACUAUAAAGUAACAUUUAUCGGGGAGGACUGCGACCAGAUAAAUUACAAUUUAAUCCCCGAUCAACAAAUGAAAAGGACGAGUUAUAGCUUUAAGAAAGCAUAA